AUGUACUUUGACAGAAUGAUUCCCUCUGUGGACAUGGGCAGCAUGAAGAUGUUACAGACUGAGGAGCGCUGUUUCGCUUCUCCAGAGCAGCCCGAGGUUUCUGGAUCAGGCCCCUGCAGCCCGACAUCAGUCGAGUCUGAAGUGAGCUGCUCCAGUCCGGAAAGUAAAGCGACUACAGAGACUCGGGUGAGAAGACCUCUCAAUGCUUUUAUCAUCUGGACCAAAGAGGAGCGCAGACGCCUGGCACAGCUCAACCCUGACCUGGAAAACACCGACCUGAGUAAAAUACUGGGUAAAACUUGGAAAGCCAUGUCUCUGGCUGAAAAACGUCCAUACAUGCAGGAGGCAGAAAGAUUGAGGGUCCAACAUACUAUUGACCACCCCAACUACAAGUACCGUCCCCGUCGGCGCAAGACCAACAAGCGCAAUGCCAAGAUGCCCCCAAGCGAGACCAAUCCUUCACCCAACUUCCACCUCAAUUGCAUGCUCCAGAACCAAGCUCUUCAAUAUCCAUACACACACUCGAACGCACUCUCCACCUCAUACACACAUCUUCACAAUCCAGCUUUCCAGACUGGAGCAACGUUUACAAACGGAGGGGUGACAUUCUCAGACAGAGCGGCAUUCCUGCACUCUUCUUUCGCCUACCCACAGCAGCCUACAUACUCGACAGAAACCCAGCUGUACUACAGUCCCCCGCAUGCAGCACAACAGAGAUCAGAGUACUGUGAUUGGCAACGAGCGGAGGCGUGUGCAUGUGUGCUGUGCUCAGGUGGACCAUCGCUAGAGUUUUACCUGGAACAGGUCAGAGUAGACAUGCUGGACCAGCUGGACCGCAGUGAAUUCGAUCAGUAUCUCAAUCCUGUGCAACCUAAAGACCAGCACUGUCCGUGA